AAAUCCCGCCCCUUCCGGUGAUGACGCAGGUACGCGGAAGUGCCGCCAAAACCGGUCGUCGUCACUGUGUUCAAAACAUGUAGGGACUUGUACGUUAGACAGUUGAACGACUGCGAUAUACAGCGUGCUGGUUUCUUUACAGCAUCCAUUCUUAAGGAUGGAGAAUGGGGUCACAUCCACUAAAGCGGAGGGCUUCCUCUCCAGGAUGGCACUCAAUGACAACAAAGCUGGUAUGGAGGGUCUUGACAGGGACAAGAUCAACAAGAUCAUCAUGGAGUCAUCCAAGGGAUCCAGGUUUUAUGAGAAUGAGCUGAAGAAAGAGGAGCAGGUGAACCAGCGCAUUGAGAAAAUGAUGCUACAAAAGUCACAGAUCACAGAACAACAUCUGAAGAAAGCUCAGGCUCAGGUGGACAGGAUGGCCGCAGAGCUGGAGAGGAGUCGUGAUGUAAGUCGUGUGAUCGUGCAUGUGGACAUGGACGCUUUCUACGCUGCUGUGGAGAUGAGAGACUGUCCUGAGCUGAAAGACAAACCAAUGGCUGUAGGAUCCAUGAGCAUGCUGUCAACAUCUAACUACCAUGCCAGGAAGUAUGGAGUGCGAGCCGCCAUGCCUGGGUUCAUUGCAAAGAAACUCUGCCCUGACUUAGUUAUUGUUCCUACCAAUUUUGAUAAAUACAGAGCUGUAAGCAAAGAGAUCCGGGAGAUUUUUGCAGAGUAUGAUCCUCACUUCCAGCCACUGAGCCUGGAUGAAGCCUAUCUGGAUUUCACAGACCACCUGGAUCAGAGGCAGAGCUGGCCAGAUACCUUACGUACACAUCGCCUCCGAGCCAGCAGCACUGCUACAGGUGAAGAGCAGGUUGAGCUUCCCAAGGAGACAGUGCCAGAGAUGAAAGACCUCUCUCCGGUCCUGUUUGAGGACAGCCCGAUCUCCUCUCCAUGCUUGCCGGGCUCUGAGGAUUUCGGUGCUGCUGGUGGUGGGUUGGAGGUGUUUGGGAAGUCUGCUGAGGAGGCUGUGAGAGAGAUGCGUUUCCGCAUUGAGCAGAAGACCAUGCUGACUGCCAGUGCAGGAAUUGCUCCAAACAUGAUGCUUGCCAAGGUGUGCAGUGACAAGAACAAGCCCAAUGGCCAGUACAGACUCCCCCCCACUAAAGAGGCAGUCAUGGACUUCGUCCAGAAUCUCCCAGUUCGCAAAAUUUCUGGCAUCGGGAAGGUGAGUGAGAAGAUGCUGAACGCUCUGGGCAUCAGCAGCUGCUCUCAUCUGAGCCAGCAGAUGGCGUUGCUGUCGUUGUUGUUCUCCGAGACAGCCUGGCAUCAUUUCAUGCAGGUUUCUCUGGGUCUGGGCUCUACACAUAUUCCAAGACAUGAAGAAAGAAAAAGCAUGAGCACUGAAAGGACAUUUAGAGAAAUGAGUAAAACGGAGGAGCAGUUGUCUUUAUGCAGGGAGCUCUGUGAAGACUUGGCAGAAGACCUGAAGAAAGAAGGUCUAAAGGGUAAAACCGUGACACUGAAGCUUAAGAAUGUGAAGUUUGAGGUGAAAACCAGGGCGUUGACGCUGCCGUAUGCUGUUGCUACAGUGGACGAGAUCUUCGCUGUUGCUAAGGACCUCCUGAAAACAGAACGAGACAAUGAAAGCCCCCUGCCACUCAGACUGAGGCUCAUGGGUGUUAGAAUCUCAGCCUUUGUGAGUUCGGAUGAUAAAAAGCCCCUGCAGAAGAGCAUCGUUGGCUUUCUUCAGCCAGACAAGACGGACUUGAGCCGCGCUUCACAAGGAAUGCAUCAAAAGCUGGAGAAAGAGCAUCUCUCCAAUCAUUCCCUGCAGACCUUGACCCUUGCUUCUCUUCCCCUGGCGCAGACAUGUCAAAGAGAGGAGGUUACCAGCUGGAGAAAGCAGAGGGGCUUGGAGGGGAGCAAGACUGGUGGAGAACCCCAACAGUCUUUCUUCCAAAGGGCCCAUGCCAAAAGAAUGCAACUCCAGGUAGCGAAUGCGAGCACGCAAGAGGAAAAACAUGGGGAGAACACCUCUGUGGUUACUCCGACAUGCACGCAAAAAGGUCUAGAUGCAUCGACAGAAGUGCAUGAGAGUAUUUGUACAGCCUCAGAUGCCUCAGAAAAUGACUUUGUUGCUCCCGUAGAGGCCCAUGCAUCCACAUCAGGCUUUGGUAGCACGGUGUCAGAGAGCUUCACCUGUCCAGUGUGUUUCAGGCUGGUGGAGACGACUGAUUUAACCGUCUUCAACAAACACAUAGACCAGUGUCUCAGUGACGCCUCUAGAAAACCAAACCAAAUCGCAGUCAGUCAAUCAGAUUCUGAGUCAGAUUUGGACCUAGAGAACAACCAUACAGAAUGUGAGGUGGCGGGCAGACGGAGGGGGGAGAGUGAGGUCGAAGAGGAAGGGGCAAAGAACAGUGAAAAGAUGGAUUCAAGCAGAGCUGAACCUCAAGAAGACCAAUGCAGCUUGAAAAACAGGUCUAUGCAAAUGGAUCUGUCGAUCGACUGUGACAACGUAACUGUGACCUCGCAACGGCCUCAGUCAUGUAAUGAUAAAGGCCCCGUCCUCAUCUGCCCAAUAUGUCAAGUGACCCAGGACAACGAUGACCUCGUUAUCUUCAACCGCCACGUUGACCUCUGCCUGAACCAGGAGGUCCUACAUGAGCUGGGCGGACAGGCUUCAUGUCCCAUAAAUCCACCCGCAGUUCCAAAUUUCAAGGCCUUAGACAGAGGCCGUCUCCUGCCAGGGCAAGCAAUCAAAGGCAAAAGCAAAAGACGGGACUCGCCCUCCUCGCCUCCCUCUAAAAAAGCUAAAGGCCUCGGUCCUCGCAACACCAUCGACAAGUUCUUCAGGUGAUGGUCCACUCUCAUCUGGAGGAACUGGGAGGGUUUUCUACAGGAGACGGAAAGCAUCUCUGACCUCCUGCUUUUAUUCUUCUGGGAUGAUUGAAGUCUAAGUACGGAGUUCAUGUCUCAAACUGUCCUCCAGAUUGUCAAGCCAUACAAAAGAAAUCUUCAAGAACGCUGCUAUUAGAUGAUAUAAGAUGUUGAAUAUGUGCAGUAAUAUGCUCUAUUUUUUUAUAAGCCAUACACUUGGCAAGAAGUGAAAGAUGACAGAGACAAAUUCUGUCUGUUUUAAUCAUGGCAAAUUAAUGGAAAUAUUUAUGACCCUGUUGUCUGUCAGUGCCGGUUUCAUUGCUUUUUUUCCGUCACUCACUGAAGAGACACCUGUUUUUAUUUGAAUGUAUGCUAAAUGAAUCACAGGGAUAUUUAUUACAUGUGCUAAUGUUUUGAAUUCAUUAAGUUAUUCAUAUAUUUUCAGUAAUUUACAGUUAUAUUUAUUGUGAUUUUCAGUAAUAAUACUCAAUGUUUAAUGUUGAAUCUUUAAGAUAAGAGAAUCAAUCUAUCAUGUUAGUUGAAGUUGAAAUAAAUUACACAUCUUGUGAUGA